AUGGAUCACUCCUCGCUGUUGUUCGUACUGCUGUUUUCUCUGGUGGUUGGCACAAAGACCUUUUCGACAUCUCGUUCAGGAAAUGAUAUUAGUGACUCGGAGCGGACCAAGAAACUUAUAAAUCUCCUUAAAGAACUUCGGGACUAUGCAGAAGAUGAAGAGGAGGAUGAUUGGCACAUUGAUGGAGAUACCUCUCUUGAUGACGUGUUGUUCCGUGACGAAGUACGAGAUGCCUUUAACGAAGACCAGGCGUCCGAAAUACUAUUUGAUGGAGACGAGUACAUUAAGGGAUAUGAUGCACUGACAAAUUUCAUCAAUCUUGAAGAGGAAUGGUUUCAGGAGCAUGAUACACAUCUGGGGAGUGGAUAUCGUCAUUCAUUUGGGACGAAAAGAAACUUUGACACAAGUGGAGGUGUUCAGCUCUGGCCAAACGCAAAGGUUCCAUACACUGCACGUAACUUCAACGAACAGAGAAGCAAGGAUGCCAUUAAAAAAGCUGUGGAAAUCAUUGGUAAGGAGACAUGUGUGGAGUUGACCGAGAGAGGUAGUACCGGUGCAGUUGACUACCUCACUUUCGACGGCAAAGAGUCUGGGUGUGCGUCAUAUGUUGGGAAAACUGGAAAUCAACAGAUAGUAGCAAUUGAAGAACCCGGUUGUGCUACUCCGGAUACUAUCAUUCACGAAGUCAUGCACGCCUUGGGACAACAACAUGAGCAAUCGAGAAGUGACCGAGCGAAAUACAUAACGAUACUGUGGAAAAAUAUAGCGAAAGAUAACUAUGUCAACUACGGCAAGGAGCUUACUGAUGACCGUGUUUCACCGUAUGAUUACUUCUCUACGCUGCAGUAUUCACUUGGGAAUGAAAUGAAAAUAGCUGACGCCCGUCUUGAGUUUCUGACCAGUGCUGCUAAGACACUCAGCCACUAUGACGUAAAGGAGAUAGUCAAAGCAUACAAAUGUGACGGAACAUGUGGGACUACAACAUGUGAUAACGGGGGAUUCGCACGCAAAACCGUCAAGGCUUCGAAGGAAUGUUCAUGUCGUUGUCCCGAUGGCUUGAAAGGAACAUCAUGUAAUGAGAGAGAAGGCGAUGCAGACUGUGGAGAGAUCAUAUCGUUAGCUAAUGGACAAUCUAAAACUUUCAAGGCACCUGGUUAUGACUCAGGAACCUACUCCACUGGCAAGGAAUGUAUCUGGUUUGUUAAAGGAACAGGUACAAACGCAAGAAUAAAGGUAGAGCUUGAAGAACUUGACAUUGUUGCUUCAGAGACAACAUGUCCACAUUUCCUGUCCAUGCGGUAUUCCCUUGUAGGACAGCCUGGUGUUAAUCUGUGUAAUAAAAUCACAUCUCCUAAGACUUACCUUAAGACUGUAUCUGAUGAAACCAACAUGUUCCUAUUAAAGUUUAGCAGUAGCAAAACUGCAGCCUCAAACACUGGGAAAAAGGGCUUUAAACUUAAGGUUUCUGCUUAUCAAUCUGGAUGUACGCUGAAUGCAUGUAAGAAUUACAUUGCGUGCACAGACUUGGAUAAUGCUGACUAUAAAUGUACCUGUCAAUCUGGUUUCUCUGGAAAAAAUUGUGACAAAGUUACAGCGGAUGCGGUUGUGACUUGCAAUUUUGAAACGGACAUUGGAGGGAAGUGUUGUAUGAAGAAUGACAAGUCUAUAACAAAUGCGAGGUGGUUUGAACAGGGGAAAGGUGCGGUUGGUGAAGAACAAGUAUACGCAAAAGAGGGGUCUGUGUUCGCAAGAGUUAUUGGACGGACCUAUGGAAGCGUGGCCAUAUUGCAAACUAAACUAUCAUUUGAUACCGGUGCUCGAUGUUUACAAUUUACCGCCAUAGUAGAGAAAGCAAGGGAAGGAAUUCAGCAGUCCAUACUUGAUGUGUACACUCUCUCUGGCAGUGUUGAGAAUAAACUUACAUCGUUAGUGGAAACUAAAUCAAACAACUGGCAAGAAUUCAAAAUACCAAUUUCGAACCUACAGGGAAAGCAGGUAGUUUUUGCGGGAACAAUUGGGGACACAAUGCUUGCCAUAGACAAUAUAAUCAUAUCAAAGACAUGUACCGGAGAAGGAGCUAGUGUAUGUGCCAAUAAACCCUGCCAAAAUGGUGGUGUCUGCACGGGUUCUGGUGCCUCUUUCAAGUGCCAAUGCAAAUCUGGUUUCGGUGGAUCAAUAUGUCAGACUGUAGUUAAACCAUGUGAUGCUAAACCAUGUCAGAACAAUGGUCAGUGUCUGAACAAAGCCACGGAAUCAUCCGCGUAUACUUGUGUGUGUGUGGAUGGAUACAAGGGUACAAACUGCGAAACAAUUGAUACUUCAUGUAAAAGUGGUCAAUGGAAGUGCGCUGAUGGACAAUGUAUAGCUGAGGAGUUCCGUUGUGAUUGGCGUGUCACCCACUGCAAUGAUAAAUCAGAUGAGAAAGGAUGCACCGAUCAUUGUCUAUCAAAACCGUGUCAAAAUGGUGGACAGUGCCAAAGUGAAAAGUUCACGUUUACUUGUAAAUGUGCCAAUGGAUUUACAGGCAAGACAUGCGCCGAAACAGUGACCUGCACAUCCUCACAGUUUAAGUGUUCUAAUGGCGAGAAAUGUAUUCCUGCCGACUAUCGCUGUGAUCAAAUAGAGGACUGUACAGAUAAAAGUGACGAGUAUAACUGCGGAACUGCGUGUAAUGCAGCCAUUCAUUUUAAAUGUAAAAACGGGCAGUGUAUCAAUGAAGCAUUUAGAUGUGACGAUGUUGUAGACUGUGUUGAUAACAGCGAUGAGGAAGGAUGUCCUCAGCGCAGAUCUAACACGGGAAAAACCAAACCCUCGAAAUAUCUGGAAAGAACACUCAAGGAAAAUGGAAUGUCUGUUAAAUCAACUCUAGGAGACCUCCUUACAGAACUGAGGAAUCUGAAGCUGUCAGAGUCACCUGUACGGGAGGGGAAGACCAGAAAGAAGCGUGGAAUCAGAACGGUUGCUUAG